GGAACUGGGUCCCGCGACGUUCUCGCGGGCGGGAGCGGGGAGGUGUUGCGUUGGGGAGGUCGGGGGACUUUUGGCGUCACGCGGGGUGGAUAAGGUUUGAAGAAAAAUAAGUAGCCGAGAAGUCUUCCGAACACCCGACGAAGUGGGAACAUAGUGUGCCGGCCUUCUUAGGGUGCAGAGGAUGUCUUCCACCAAGGCACUGGGAAUGUUAGGACAGCUUAUCCUCAGACCAAAGACUGGUCUGGCCCCUCUAUCUAAUGCUUUCUCUUCAGCCUGUGCACAUCACCAGAGCAAUAAACCAGCAGUGGAGAAACAACCUGGGAGAAAGCCAACACAAUGGGCCAAAUUUGACUGGACAGAUGCACUAAACAUUGACAGCCAGCUAACUGAAGAAGAAAUUAUGGUUCGAGACACCUUCAAACAAUAUUGUCAGGAGAAACUGAUGUCCAGAAUCAUCAUGGCCAACAGAAAUGAAGUGUUUCACCGAGAGAUCAUGACUGAGAUGGGCCAGCUGGGCGUGCUGGGUCCCACCAUCCACGGCUAUGGCUGUCCGGGCGUCUCCUCCGUGGCAUACGGCCUGAUAGCCCGCGAGGUGGAGCGGGUCGACAGCGCCUACAGGUCUGCCAUGAGCGUCCAGUCGUCGCUGGUCAUGUAUCCGAUAUAUGACUACGGAACGGAAGAGCAGCGACAAAGGUUCCUUCCCAAACUCGCGCGCGGCGAGCUGGUGGGCUGCUUCGGCCUCACAGAGCCCAACCACGGCUCCGACCCGGCCGGCAUGGAGACGCGCGCCCGCUACCAGGCCUCCGACCGCGUCUACCUGCUCAACGGAUCCAAAACAUGGAUCACCAACUCGCCGAUCGCCGACCUGGCCGUGGUCUGGGCCAAGUGCGACGACGACAAGAUCCGCGGCUUUAUCGUCGAGCGCGGCAGCAAGGGCUUCACCACGCCCAAGAUCGAGGGCAAGUUCUCGCUGCGCGCCUCCACCACCGGCAUGAUCGUGCUGGAGGACGUGGUGGUGCCGGAGGAGAACAUGCUGCCCAAUGUGCAUGGGCUCAAGGGGCCGUUCGGCUGCCUGAACAACGCUCGCUUCGGCAUCGCGUGGGGCGCGCUGGGCGCGGCCGAGGCGUGCCUGGAGACGGCGCGCCAGUACACGCUCGACCGGCGCCAGUUCGGCCGGCCGCUGGCCAACACGCAGCUCAUCCAGAAGAAGAUGGCGGACGCGCUGACCGAGAUCAGCAUCGGGCUGCAGGCGUGUCUGCAGGUCGGACGCCUCAAGGACCGCGGCCUGGCGGCGCCCGAGAUGAUCUCGCUGGUAAAGCGAAACUCGUGCGGCAAGGCGCUGGAGAUCGCGCGCCACUGCCGCGACAUGCUCGGCGGCAACGGCAUCAGCGACGAGUACCACAUAAUCAGGCACUGCAUGAACCUCGAGGCCGUCAACACUUACGAAGGCACGCACGACAUCCACGCGCUGAUCCUGGGCCGGGCCAUCACCGGCCUGCAGGCGUUCACCGGCUGAGGCGCCGGCGCCUUCCCGCCUUCAGUCCUGCACAGAUCUGACGGCUGCUCUCCCUCCAACUGCGGCGGGGCGCGGAGCCGCCACCCGCGCCACCUGCCUGUACUGCACUGUAGCGGGCUGUCUAUGCUGUAGCUGGGCGCUGGGCGACCGCGCCAGCUGCCUGUACUGUAACGGGCCGCGCAGGGCCGCUGCCCGGCCGCUCCACCCGUGCUGUAGCAGGGACGCAGUUAGCGGCGUUCGUCCGCCGGCCAACAGAAUGUGAUAUCGAAUACGCAUGGUGCUUUAUUGAACGCGACCUGUAGACGGAACACGGGGGAUUUGACAGA